GAAAUUGCGAGCCGGCAAGUGUGGGCACAAUGGCUGCUGAAGUGGAUUGCAUUCUGAAACUAGGAGGUAGUGCAUUGACGCAGAAAAACCAGUUGGAGACGCUGAAAACGGAGUCCUUGCGGAGGGCGGCUGUUCUUGUUUCGAAGCUCUGGGAGGCUGGAGAGAGACGAUGCAUCAUCGUGCACGGCGCAGGGUCUUUUGGGCAUUUCCAGGCAAGAGAAUAUGGUAUUGCCUUGGGGACAUCAGGAAAAUCAGCUGCAAGUGAUAAUUUGAGACAAGGGCUGUGUUUGACCAGGCUUUCGGUCACCAAGUUGAACCAUUUGGUGACAGAACAAUUGAUUAGUGUUGGAGUUCCAGCAGUGGGGAUUUCGCCUUUUGCAACCUGGCAAACAACAAACAAGAAUGUUGUUGAGGCUGGUAUUGAUGCUGUGAAGAAGGUUGUAGAUGCCGGUUAUGUUCCUGUAUUACAUGGGGAUUGUACCCUGGACUUGGAGCAACACUGUUGUAUCUUAUCUGGAGAUACAGUUAUUGAGGUGCUAGGCUGGUGGAUUCCAUUGUUAUUGGUCCUGAAAGAACUAUGGAGCCAACUGUGCUCACAUCUGCACUAUCACAUGACACUACUGGAGGAGUGUCCUUGAAACUACAAACUGCCAUAAAUAUAGUUUCUUCGAGUCAUGGAUCCAUUCCUGUUCUGAUCUGCAAACUGGACAGUGAAGCAGCUGUAAAGGCUUGCUUGACUGGGGAAUUGAAAGAAGGCGAAGGCACAAAGCUUUCUUAUAUGGAUAAGUGAAGUCUUUUGUAAAGGAACCUUGAAUCAUGUGCAGAAGAAUUUCUGGAACAGUAAUAUUCAUAAAUUCUUGACUGACUUUUUUGUUUCAAUCAUACAUGUGUGCAUUUGGUUUCUGUUUUUUAUGCACCUUACAAAUUCAGAUCAUAACAUUUUAAUGCCUUGCAAAGCAAUGACAUUGUUAAUAUCAGCAUACAAUACAUUUACAGCACAUUUAUAGCUUCCUUAUUCUCAUAAGAUCAUCUUGGUGGUUGAUUAUUGUUUUCAUUACUAGAGAGCUUAAAAAAAUCAUACCACAGAAAAAAAUUGUUUUUUCUUCAACUAAGAAGAAAUUACAUAUUAAUUUUUCCAUCAAAGAAGUAAGUAUGUCAUAUCAUUUUUCUUCAGUGUCCUUUUUAGAUAUUUCCAGUAUUUUGCUAUUACCAACCAAACCACCAUUAAUAAGAAUAUUAAUAGUAUUUUACUCUUUGUAUACAUAUUUUGUAUGAAUGUAUUCUUCCCAAAAACCAAUGGAAGAAGCACCUCUCUGCCCCUAAGUGUUUUUAAUACAUAUAUUUUUUCACUCCAGUGUGGUAAGGGAAUACCCAGAAGAGGGAAUCAGUAAAUGUGUAAAAAUGUGCUAUUUAAUUCUUUUAAAUUGCUCUUGAAUUCACACACAAGUAUCAAUAUUUUUGUGGUUUCCAUCUGGGGGAAAGAUUGUCAAUACAGCUGUUGAUUUAUUCCUAUCAGCGUUUCUACAAUUUCAGCACAUCUUUGACAGGGACAACUUUUAAAAAUAUAGAAUACAUUAUUUAUAUUUAUAAUAUUAUAAUUUCAAGUACAUUUUUGUUUAUUAAGCAGUUUUCAAUUUAUCAUAGAAAUACAGAAUUUGUCACAUAAAUACAAAGAAUGAAAAAUGAACAAGGCAAGGCAAAAUUAUCCAGACUAUUCAUUGAAAUGCUCAUGCGUCUCUAACAAAAUACAGUUUGCACACAAGAAAACUUUAAAGCUGAGUGAUGAAAAUUCACAAAAUGUGGACACACUGGAUCUUGUUGAUGAAAUUGUUUCACACACAAAUUGUGUGAAAAGCUGUCUUCCUGGACUUCUCUGAAAUGCAUUUACAUAAGAUAGUACUUGUGUUCAGUAAAUUUGUACCAAACAAGAAAGCCUUUAACAGAGUUAGAUUUU